AUGGUCAUUGAUAGCAAACGCAAGCGCCCCAUUGGGCCCGCUGAUACCUAUAUCAAGCGAUCCCGCCGCGCGGCGAAAGCAAAGAGAUCUGCCACGCCCACAGCGCUGGGACAGCCAAUUGCGGGCAGUAUCACCGAAGCAGCCAAGAGCAAUGAGAGCAACAAGUUGCUGUCUCUUCCAGCAGGUAGGUCAAAACAUCCAAGCGCAUUGUAA